AUGUUAUUACAGCUUUGUGUAAAUGGAUGUGGCUUUUAUGGAAAUCCGCAGUGGAAAGGUCGCUGUUCAAAAUGUUGGCGUGCUUAUCAAGUUCAAGAAAAAAGAAACCAAGAUUUCACGAGGAACAGAGAGCUGCUAAAUUUCGAAAAGUUUGAGGGGAGACGUCGACAGUCAUCGGAAUUUCGCACGCUUAACUUUAAAUCUUUACUUCGGAAAUCGCCAUCGAUGACUUCUGGUUCUGUGAAUGAUGCUCAUCCUGGAAGCUCAGGGUCUCAGCCUUCUCCUCUUUCCGGCUUUCCCAGGCAUAGAGAAUUAAGUGAAGAAAGUCGAAAUGCUAACGAUAGGUUCACUGAGUUUUUACGCAAAAGUCUUCCUGCAGCUCCAGCUACUGAAAUAUUUCGGCAAACUGAACAUGCGGUUGAAAGAAUUAUUGAGCAGAAUAAUUUUUCGAACGUGAAUAUGGAUGAUUUGUCUGGGCUAGUUCAGCAUUUUUACCAGACUCUUUCGGACAAAAUGCGUCAUAAUUCGGCUUUGAAUGAUGCUAAUGUUUAUGUCACUCAUGAGGAAAUUAUGGCUGAAAUAGAAGAAUAUGUUUGCGUUCGGGCGUACAAUAAAUUAUUUUGUGCAAGCACAGAUGAAGAAGCUGCAGACCUUUCACUUCAGGAUCGGAUCAGAUCUUUACAUUGGGUGACUGGAGGUUUUUUAGAGACCACUCUGGAUUUUAGUCAGCAAAUAUUCACUUCUAGAGAGCUUUUGAUAUUACUGCUGUACUCUAUUGACGAAAGUCGUUUCAUUAAGGUUCGAGAUAAACUUGAUGAAGCAAUCACUGAAAUGAUUGAUAUUAACAGUCAUCGAAGUGCAGGAAAAAAGUUACGCUGCUUAGUAAGGUGCUCUAAACUUAUAUUUGAAGCUCUGAAAGAAAGUCGAUCAGGCGCUCCUGCAAGUGCCGAUGAGUACUUGCCAGUCUUGAUUUAUGUGUUAUUAAGAGGAAAUCCACCGUUAAUCCAGUCGAACGUGAAAUUCAUUAGUCGUUUUGCGUUGCCAUCGCGUGUUAUGAGCGGUGAAUCUGGCUAUUAUUUCACUAAUCUCAGCUGCGCCUUGCAGUUUAUUCAAAAUAUGAAUGCAGAAAGUUUAAAGAUGCCAAAGGAAGAAUUUGAAGCUUAUACAUCUGGUAGCCAAGUCCCACCAUUGAAUGACAAAAACUGUGGUUGUAAUCAUGUUCGUUUUAUGUCAUCAAGUCUGGUUGUAAAUGCAUUACGAAUCAUGGAUAAAUCACUGUCGGAUAUUCGUGAACUAAGGGACCAGCACAAAGAGCGUCUUUUACGCAUUGAGCAGUUCCAAAACGAAAUAGAAAAGUAA